AUGAUAGAAAGAACGAAUCUGAUUGAACACAUCAGCAGAAACACCUGGGGUCUGGGCCCAAAGAAUGCCCGUCUCAUCUACAAAGGAGCCAUUGAACCGGGAAUAUUAUACGGAGUACAAGUAUGGGGAGAAGCACUGGAGAAAAACUAUAAUAAAAAGAAAUUAACAACAAUACAAAGAAAAGCUGCCAUUAGAAUAUGCAGGGCAUAUAGAACUUCUCCUACGGACGCCCUAUUGGUGAUGGCCAAAUUAAAACCAAUACAUCUGGCUGCCAAGGACAUCAUAUGGGAAAGAAGCCUAAUCAAAGGAAAAAACAAGUUUAAAACAGAAGAACAGAUAACGACGGAAAUAAAGAAAGGCCAACUCCCCGAUAACAAACAACUAAUCAAAACAAUUAUAGAAAAUGAUACGGAAGACAUAGACAAAACAACAAUCAUUGCCAAUCCAGCAGAAAAAGAGACAUACAAAAUAAAAUUGAACUACAAAGAAGCCACCGACAAAAGAAACAUCAUAAACAUAUACACAGAUGGAUCGAGAACUAGCACAGGGGUGGGAAGUGGAAUCAUAAUUAAAGGAAAAAAUGGAAAUACAAUGUAUCAAGGUUCAUUCAAAAUAGCGGAUUACUGUACAACUGUGCAAGCUGAGACAUUUGCCAUAUAUAAAGCUCUGGAUCACAUUUACAAAAAUAAAAAUCAUUAUAGAGGUGAAUUAAACAUUCAUACGGAUAGCCAAACGGCUCUGUCAAUUCUUAAAACAAAAAACAGGAAAACUAAAUUAACAAAUGAAUUGAUACAGAUAUCUGAAAAAAUACAAAGAAUCCGGAACAUCACUUUCAGCUGGAUUCCAGGCCAUCAAGGCCAUAAAGGAAAUGAGAUGGCGGAUGAAUUAGCCAAAAGAGCGACAAGAACUGACAUAAAUAGGAUCUAUACAAGGAUUCCAAUAAAGGAAAUUAAAAAACAAAUUAAGAAUAUAACGGAAAAAAUAUGGCAACAGGAAUGGACAACAUCUACAACUGGCCGCAAUUGUUUCAAGUACUUCCCUAACAUAAAAGACAGAUUACAAAACAAAGUUUUUAAUCUCUCAUUUGGGAUCACACAAUGUAUAACAAAUCAUGGUAACUUUAAAGCAUAUUUACAUAGAUUCAAGAAAAUAGAUAAUCCCUAUUGCGACAUUGAUACCACUAAAGAAGACAACGCUCACCAUUAUUUAAUGGAAUGCACCAAAUUUAAUAAUCAACGAGAGACCUUUAUAGAAAAAUGCUUACGUGCAGGCCAUAAUUGGCCCCCGAGAGACACUGAUCUAGUAACAGAUAAAAACCUGUUUAAAGCUUUGGAAAAAUAUAUAAACGACACUAAGGUGCUUAUUGAAAUUAACCACAAAAACAAACAUCAAAAGGAUGACAGACAAAAUAGUGACAACAAAGAACACAUGACUGACAACUCGGAAGAAGAGGAAGACAUCAUCAGAAGGGAGGAUGAUGAAAGUGAUACAGGAAUUCAGACUACAACAGGUGAAGAAAGGGGAGUAGAGAGUGAGACUUCUGCGUGA